AUGUCCUCCGAAAAGUCAGGCCUCCCGGACUCAGUCCCUCACACCUCUCCACCGCCCUACAAUGCCCCCCAGCCCCCCGCGGAACCGCCUGCCCCGCCCCCACAGACAGCCCCUUCCUCGCACCAUCACCACCACCACCACUACCACCAGUCCGGCACGGCCCCGGGCUUCGUGGUGCCCACGCACACGGGAGCGGUAGGCACGCUGCCGCUGGGGGGCUACGUAGCCCCCGGUUACCCUUUACAGCUGCAGCCUUGCACUGCCUAUGUGCCGGUCUACCCGGUGGGCACGCCCUAUGCAGGCGCGACCCCGGGGGGAACAGGAGUAACCUCCACGCUCCCCCCGCCACCCCAGGGCCCAGGGCUGGCCCUGCUGGAGCCAAGGCGCCCGCCCCACGACUACAUGCCCAUCGCGGUGCUGACCACCAUCUGCUGCUUCUGGCCUACAGGCAUCAUUGCCAUCUUCAAGGCAGUGCAGGUGCGCACGGCCUUGGCCCGCGGAGACAUGGUGUCAGCUGAGAUCGCUUCACGCGAGGCCCGGAACUUCUCCUUUAUCUCCCUGGCGGUGGGCAUUGCAGCCAUGGUGCUCUGUACCAUCCUAACCGUAGUCAUCAUCAUUGCAGCGCAGCACCACGAGAACUACUGGGAUCCGUAA